AUGUCAAACUUGGGACAAUUUGACUCUGAUUUUUACCAAUCUAAUUAUACUAUUGAUAAUCAGGAACAGAGUUCUGAAGAUUCUAAUGCCUAUGGACAUGUUUAUGGAUCUAGAAAACAACAAGCCAGCGAGCAGCCUCAGCCUGUCUUUGUCCCAUCAGAGAUGCUCAUGUCAUCAGGUUGCGAGGGACAAUUUUUUCAGCCAGCAUCCAACCCGGAUUAUUAUUCACAAUCUUCUUACGUUGACAGUUUUGAUGAAGAGCCUCCUUUGCUAGAAGAACUUGGAAUUAAUUUUGAUCACAUAUGGCAAAAAACCUUGACCGUGUUAAACCCGCUGAAGCCAGCAGAUGGCAGCAUUAUGAAUGAAACGGACCUCACUGGGCCCAUCCUGUUUUGUAUCACUCUAGGAGUUACCUUGCUUCUGGCAGGAAAAGCUCAGUUUGGUUAUGUGUAUGGCAUGAGUGCCCUAGGUUGCCUAGGGAUUCACACCUUGCUAAACUUGAUGAGCUCCUCAGGGGCAUCUUAUGGCUGCGUCGCAAGUGUACUGGGUUACUGCCUGCUCCCCAUGGUCAUCCUGUCCAUCUGUGCCAUCUUCUCUUCACUGCAGGGCACAUUUGGAACUGUGUUGGCUCUGGUCAUCGUUGGCUGGUGUAGUCUCUCAGCUUCCAAAAUCUUCAGUUCAGCCUUGGGCAUGAAAGGACAACAGCUUCUUAUCGCCUACCCUUGUGCCUUACUGUAUGGACUUUUUGCGCUCCUAACAGUUUUCUGAAGAGUAUUUGAAAUGGGGUUUCAAGAUUCUAUUUGUUUCCUGUUCACAUUAUCCUGGAAAUGUAUUAGCAUUCAAAUUUGGUAAUAUGACUUCUGCUUUAUUGCUGUUGAGAGAAUAAUAAGCAAAGAGAUAAAACAGCACUUAAGGAUGGUACUUUAAUAACUUGUUUGGUUUGAAUGAUGUUUUGCUUUUCGGUUUGGUGCAUGAAAACAUUUUAAAAUGCUUUAAAAUAGAAGGGGAUAUAGUUGUACUGCUGCUGUACCCUGCUUUUCUCAAUGCAUCUAUUUUUAAGAAAUUGUAAGUAAAUAAAAUCACAUGAUGAUGGUGUAAAGUAAAUCAA